AUGAAACAAAGAGCCAAUCGCCGUCGUUCGAUUGUCCGACCCUCUCCUGGUGUUGCUGCGACUGUCUCUCCUCCUGCGGAGAUGGCUGUCCCUUCUUCUGUGGAUACAUCUGAGUCAUUUGCAGUCGCCACAUCGCCUAAUCGGGUUGUGUCCCCUGCUCUUGAUCCUAGUUUGGCUAUGACCAUCGUUCCAGUUCCGCCUACCGUCGCAGAGAUGUCUCCAUAUCCUCCGUCGACGUCCCUUCCCGAGGUGGUGAUUGCGUUUGCUCCUCCAGUCAGUCCUUCGGUCGGUGUACUCCAUGCCCAUCCGCCUUGUUUAGUUGGUAAGUCUUCUCCACCCGUCUCUGUAUCUUCUCCUAAACGUGUUACUCAUUCCUCUGUCGUGUCUGCGUCUCCACCUAGUGAGUCCUCUCCAUUGCCGAACCCAAACCCACCAUCUCCUUUUCCUCCCAAGUCGCCUUCUAUGUCUAAGCAGUCCUCACCCAAAACUCCCAAGACACAGUCUGCCUUCAAGUCCAAACCCAAACCCAAACCCAAACCCAGACCCCAUGUUCCUGCACAAUCCAAAGGAAAGGGUAAACUACCUGUUUUAUCACCUCCCAAAAAAUCAUCGGCUCCAAAACGUAAGCCCAAGGACACUCAGUUUGAACCCUCUCCUAAAAAAUCCAAGCGUGCCUCUAGCCCUAAGGAUUCUGUGUCUUUUGUUGAUCCAUCCUCUAUUCAAUACUUUGUCGAUGCUACCAAGGCCUCGCAUUAUCAAAGAUGGUUUGCUGUGAGAGACUUGUGGCCUGAAUAUUCUGUUGUUUUGGAGGAUUUUUCCUGA